AUGGGAUUGGGGGGAUCCACCCCACCCCACCCCACGGUUUUUAUAAAUUACCUCCCAAAUGUGCUUUCAAAGAUGGAGGCAGAAGAAAAUGGUGCAUACGCAGCUAUUUGGCUGGAUAGCGAUGGAUUCGUUGCUGCAGGGCCUAACAUGAAUGUGGCGUUUGUUACAAAGCAGAAGGAACUUAUCAUGCCAAAUUUUGACUAUAUUCUGAGUGGGUGCACGGCUAAGAGAGUUUUGACACUUGCGGCAGAACUGGUUAGGGAGGGCAAGCUUCGGGAAAUCAAAGUAAGAAAUGUGACUGUUGAGGAAGGGAAGAAAGCUGAUGAGAUGAUGCUUAUUGGCAGUGGAGUUCUCGUUCGGCCUGUCGUGCAGUGGGAUGAGCAGGUCAUUGGUGAUGGGGAAGAAGGUCCUGUGGCUCUCAGUCUCUUGAAUCUCGUUAUUGAGGACAUGAAAUCCGGUCCCCCUACAGUUCGUGUUCCUGUUCCUUACUAAGCUUGCUUAAUUCCUUCUCUUGAUGUUGCGUGACAGAACUUUUAUUAGAGAAUUACUCCGUCAUGGUUGUGAGCUUGUGAGAUGUGGAGUUCUGUCCUUCAACCUUUACUGCAAAUUCUAUCAUCCUUUGUGACAAAUAAGUGCAUUACAUUCUUGACAUAUUUGAUGACAGCUUUUCUACUGAAAGCAGGCAAUGUCAGGUUUGAUGAUACCUUUUCUAUUUGGUCUUGUAUUAAAGACAUAAUAACAGCGAACUUCAAUUGUGCUUAGAAGCAAUGUAAAA